UUUAGUAGCAUGAUAGAUGAAAUAUGAUUUGGGUUGACUGUUUAAUUGGCUCCUGCAAUGGUUUUGUUUCAGUUUGCAUGCUUGAGUAACAAGAUACUUUUUAAGAGCUGGGCAAUCCAUUGACAACUUUUUGUUUUGAGUCUCACAGCUCCAGUUGCUUCUUUAUCAUUGUUCUCAUAAAGAUAGAAGCAUAUUAUUGCUGCUAAAACAGUACAUAACGAAUAAUAUAGUCUGUAUGAACACUCAGGCCAGUUAUACUCUAGUACUGAUAUCAUGAACUCUAUCGCUAACUGCUUUUGUCUAAAGAAAGCAAGCCGAAAACCCGGGUAUGAGGACCCAAUCAUUCUUGCUUCUGAGACACCUUUUACUGUGAAUGAAGUGGAAGCUUUGCAUGAUUUGUUCAAAAAGCUAAGUAGUACCAUUGUUGAUGACGGUCUUCUCGACAAGGAAGAAUUCAAGCUUGCACUUUUUAGGAACGGCAACAAGCAGAAUCUUUUCGCCAAUAGGAUAUUUGAUUUGUUUGAUGUUAAGCGUAAUGGUGUUAUUGACUUUGAAGAUUUUGUACGGUCACUAAGUGUUUUCCAUCCAGAUGCUCCGGAAGCAAACAAAGUUGCUUUUGCAUUCAGAUUAUAUGAUCUUCACCAGACUGGCUGCAUUGAGCGCGAGGAGGUGAAGGAGAUGGUACUGGCUCUGCUAGGCGAAUCUGAUCUGAAACUAUCGAAUGAUGUUGUUGAAUCAGUUGUGGAAAGGACAAUGCUGGAGGCAGAUACCAAAGGAGAUGGUAAGAUUGAUAUGGAAGAGUGGAAGGAAUUUGUGGCAAAAAAUCCAAACAUUUUGAAGAUCAUGACUCUUCCACAUCUGAAGGAAAUAACUCUAUCAUUUCCCAGUUUUAUUCUGCCCUCUGAAGGCCAAGAUUUGACUUGAUUGUGAACUCAAAGCACAGGUUUUUGCUCCUACCAAAUUGUGGAGUGUAUUAAAUAACAAGAUCUAGAUUCAUAGAGGCCCUUUUAAACUCACUCGCAUACAACACAACGAGAUCAACAAGCUUACAACUUGACAGUUGUUUUUUGAAAAAAGAAAAUUGACUGCUUUACUACAUUGAACUCUAAAUAUGUAUAGGAUUUUGAUUUUACUUUGGCUUGUAGCUGUUAGUUUUUUCAAACAAAGUUUGAUUUUGAGUUGUGAAAAGUGGUGUUUAUGCCAAGUAGGGGUGGAAAGUGUUAUAAAGCCAAACACUGAGUGGAACAAGGUUACUUACUCUUAUUUAAAUAAAAUGAAACAUAAUAGUGGGUGGGUUUGAUUUGGGCUGGAUCCAAAUGAGAAGGCCCAGUCCAUUAAUAUUU